AUGGGUACUCCUAUCACCGUGGGCGUGAUAGGUGCAACGGGUAAAACAGGCCGGUCUGUGGUAGAUGGCCUACUUUCCUCACCGACAAAAUUCACUGUCACAUCAUUUACCCGUGAGGCGUCAGUCAACAGCCAAGCCAACGAAACCCUCCAAGCAAAAGGUGUCCAGAUUGUCGGCUACGACCUGAACGGUCCCCGGGAGGUCCUAGUACAUCAACUAAAGAAAAUCGAUGUCCUAAUCUCAUGCAUUACCUGGGAACAUCUUGAAUCUCAGAAUCCAUGGAUCGAAGCCGCCAAAGAAGCAGGGGUAAAGCGGUUCGUGCCAUCGGAAUGGGUUGGACCGGCACCCAGAGGCAUCAUCGACAUCAAAGACAAGAAGCUUGACAUCCUGGGCGUUAUUCAACGCGUGGGCCUUCCAUACACUCUCAUCGACGUCGGAUGUUGGUUCCAGGUUUGGGUACCCAAGAUUUCCUCCGGUCGGUCGGACCACGCCCAUUCGAUUUACAUUGACCAUCGGAUCGUUGGCGAUGGCAAUCAGAAGUUUGGGUUGACGGAUAUGGGGGAUAUUGGGAAGUAUGUCGCGCAGAUUAUAUCAGAUGCGCGGACGUUGAAUCGGCGUGUGUUUGCGUAUACCGAGGUUCUGAGUACGAACGAGAUUUGGGAUACGAUGGCAACGGUCAGCGGGGAGAUACCUCCGAGAGACUAUGUGUCAGAGGAAGACCUCAGGGAGAUUAUUGAAUCGUGUGGGAAGAGGUGGCAUGAGCAUGGCGCUAAAGUCGAUAUCAUGGACGUUGCCAAUUACAACAUGGGCCAAUACCGCAUAUCAUGGUGUAUUCGAGGUGAUAAUACCCCGGAGUUUGCAGACUAUCUCGGGUACCUCGACUUCUGGAAGCUGUUCCCAGACUUCCCAAAGGUCAGGUCGUUGAAGGCAUUCUACCAGCAGGUCGUCACGGGGCCCUGCGCGGGGUAUGGACCAGCAACAUCUGAAUGA